CAUGCGCUGUUCCGCCGUGCAUCUCCCUCCUACCCUCCUCCCUUCCCCCCCCACCCCACACCCCACCCCCGCGCUCCUGAAUCUCGUGAUGCGAUGGCUACAGCCGCAGAUCCACAACUGCGUGCUUGGCUGGAAACGGUCAGCCCAGUGCUACAACGGGCGACAGCUGUAGAUGCCAGCUCCGGCAGCGGCCAUUUUUGUUGGCAGCGAUGGCUUUCUUUUUGCUGCAACCGUCUCGGAUUUUUGCUACUACAGGAGUUGCCAUUUUGCUACUACCAGAGCCUUGCUCGAAGCAUCAGGAGUUUUUGCUACCACCCCCUUUUAUUUUUGUUUCGAUUUUUGCUGGAACCAGCCUAAAAAUUGCUCCAACCGUCAUUCGAUUUUGCUGGAACCGGCAUUUUUUGCUUCGCCGGUGGCGGUGAAGGCGGGUGGCGUUUUGCUUCGCGAGCGGUGGCUAGGCUGCGAGCACCGGCGGCGAGCAGAAGCAAUGAGGGUCCAAAGGAGGGCAGCGGGGGCUAGCGUGCGGGAUCCCGCGAGCGGCGGCGGCGCUCGCUUUUUUUUUCCUUUUUUCCCUGUGCGGAGGAUGACGAAAGGGGAUGCGGGACAGAUUUGACGGUCCUGCGCGUCCAGAUCGAGCGGCUCGGGUUGGACCGGCCGAAACUUGCGCCGGUGCGCCGGCGCAGAGUACUGCCCUUAGGGGAAUCACGUCUAGGUUUUCGCAUAGAUUUGCGUUUUGGCACUGCUAGGGUGUCAUCCCUGAUGUUAAUCUCUGCCUUUUCCCCUAGCCGCCUUUUGGCACUGCUCCGGCGACCGGUGGCGGGGAGGGGAAUCAUGGUGCCUCAAUCCUGGUUAGUAGUUUAGGUUAGAGUUUUUUAGUCUCGCAGGUGCGACGCUCGGACGAAUGGCGGAGCUUUUUCUUCGAGUUUGUCUUUCGGGCUUCAUUCCUCCUCGAAUUCGUUCAUCUGGACAUCGCCGAGGGAGCUCCGGCAUAGAUUCCUGCCGCCUCCUUUGGAUGGUGAGAUUACGGUUUCUCGUCAUGUGGCGAGAUUUGGUGGCAGGUGUUUCAGAUCUAUUCAGGGGUUCAACGACGGCGACUGCGGCUCCAGGGCACUGGUCCUUAGGGGCACGUGCAUGAAGACUUCCCGGCUGUAACCGACAAGGUCAAGCCGGCUCCGGUAAGGGAGUGGCGACAGCGGCGCGUCGGCAGCUCUUUCUGACGACGGUAGUGGUCGUUUGGUGGUCUCAAAAUCUCGAAGUAAUUUUUAUGAUGUUUGAGGUGCUUUGUACUUCCGGUUAACUUUGAUAAUAGAUAUGAAUCAUUUUCGCAAAAAACAAAUCUCUAUUUUUUCCCUUGACCGCCAUAUGCAUGGUUGCCUCUCGCCUGCACCGUAUUGCUGUCAUCAAUGAAGUAUCCCCUUUUUUCCGUUAUGUUUGGGGUGGCCUUCCGUUUGGUGAAGAUGAUAGCUUCUUGCGGAGCUAGGGUUUGGUAGCAGAUGUCUCCUGGCGUGUUCGAGGGGUCUUCCUUCGUGCCUCGGUCUGUCUUUGUGGAGGAGGGGUGUCAGUGGUGACGAUCGCAUGGGGCGGGGUUCGGCUAUGACGGCUUGCUAGGCGCAGGCUCAAUGUUUUUUUCUCGCGCAAGGUUCGUCGCUUGUGUCGGAGCUGUCUGGACACCGACCAGCGCAGGUGGUCAUCUGUUUGGCAUGCGCCCCGCCGUCUGUUGCCACGAGGGCUUCGUUGGUGGAAGUCGGACUCCCUGACUCAUGGAGGAGUGAUUAUGAUGACGUUGGGUGAUAAUAUCGACAAUGAUUUUCUUCUCGGCGGCAUGUUUGUAUUCGUGUGGGUGGCCAAGUCGGUCGGUGUUUUCCUGUGAAGGUUGUUGUGGUAGUUUUAGCCGAAUACCUAUUUUUUAAUAAAUCAAACUCCUUUCGGACUGAGUUAAAACAAAAAUACCGUCAGUCCUUACAUUGUGAUUUGGAUUUUUAGAGGAAUUUUAGAGACUUCAAUAUAUUGUAUUUUUUCCCUACAAGGGUUGCUUCAUUUGUAGGAUUACGCUUCAUAAAAAUAAUUCUUUUUUUUCUGCGUGAAGAUUACAAGACCAUUCUCACAAACAUCUUUCCCUAAUAAUAAAAGAGCGUAUUAUUCUGGUGGUACGUCAUACAAAUUGCCUCCGGAGGUAUCAAUAUUUACUCACCAUGCUACCGGUAAGUAAAAAAAAAAAGAUUCGUUUUACCUUCACAAAUCACCGGCGGAUCUGGUUAUUUAUUAGGGCGAGCUUUUCCUAUACCACAAACAUGCCAGUAGCACAAUGGCUUGAGUGUCCUCCGUCCAUCCUAGGAGACGUGGAAUCGAAUCCCACUUCUGCCCCUUUUGGAUGCUGUAUUUUCUUACCAAUUUCCGUUGGCGUAGGAUACAAUUGCCUCGCCCAAGCGUGGCUUAGCUGAUGGUUGCAAUGUUGCAAUUUCAGCCCAGCUACUCUAAUUUAAACUUUUUUUUUCUUUUUUUUAACAGAUUCAAAUGCUUUUAUAAAAUAUCUUUCAAACCAUAACUUCAAAAUAAACAUGCUCUAUAUGAAAAUCCCUCAAAAAAAUGUUUAGAUUUCAAAUAUUCUAUUAUCUUGCAUUUUAAUUAUUUCUAUAAUUAUGUUUAAGAUGCAACCUUAACUAAUGUUUUUCCUUUAUACUAGUCAAUGUGUACGUGCAAUGCACGUUAAUUUGGAAGUAUAUUAAGUACAUGUGGAUAUUAGGUAGGAUAUUAUUUGCGUGUUAUUAUAUAAUUAGCACUAUAUUUGAUAAGAAAUUAACUGCACGCUAAACGUGUUGAGCGCUCGACAUUGAAGCAGUCUAGAUCGUUGGAUUGACAUGAUUUGAUGGCCGAGAUUAAUUGGAUUGCCCAUUUGGGUUUUUUUAUAUUGGUAUAGAUGGUGUAUUCUGAAAAUGGCUAUUAUAUCUAUACCUACUUUUACUAUUAAAGUAAGAAGUGUUUCUGCCAUGAUUUUUUAAAAAUGUUAAUGAAAUUGAUAAAAAUUUCCAAUUUAAAAAAUGUGCAUGAAUGGAAAAAUAUAUAAUAAUUUUAAAACUGGUCGCGAAUUACAAAAUAGUUUACUCAUAAAUGUUCGCUGAUUCAAAAAAUGAUCAUGCAUUUCAAAAAAUGUUCAUGAAUUUCAAAAAUUGUUCUACCAAUCCCCCUGCGGCCGAUGCGCCCUUCCCCUCGCCUGCAAUCCCUCUCCUGCCUGCGAUCCCUCUGACCUUAGAGAUUCCCUUUCAACCGGCUUCGAAAUCCAGAUCGAGCGAGGCGCAUGCAUAGCCAUGCCCAGCCAGCCCCCGUCCGCCCGCAGUCUCCGCCGCGGGGGCAGCAGGAGCGCAACACGGCGGCGACGGUGCCAGCCCCCCGCGCCUGCGGGCAAGCUCAUCCCGGGACUGCGGCGCGUCCUCUGAACUGAAUGAUGCUUUGGGAAUACGACUUGUUCCAUCUUCAGAUUUUCUGAAGCAGGGUGCAGGGAUGUCCUUGGUUCACAUGGAGCGUGCGUCUACUGUUUCACCUGCUGCAGUGGCGGCAUUGCAGAACUCGGAGUAGUCACCGAAGGGGAUUUCACAUGGCUGGCUCAACUGAACGAAGGAGACGUUAGGAAAAACAGAGAGAGAAUGGAAACACCGGUUCAGAACUUCAGAUUGAGACCUUCCGCAACCAGGUACAUAUAUAUGUCAGACACAAUCUGUCUCACUCACGUCUGAGCUCUAGUUGCACUCCCGGAGAAGCUGCCAAUGGGUACGGCACUGUCGCGACUAUGCCCGUGCUGUUUCGGCUCGCCGGCGGCACCGGCUGCUACCACCACCGAGCGCAGCACCUCUACUACUUCGGACAAGACGCAACCCCAACGACCCACCAAGAGGCACUGGGUGGAUGAGAAGGGCAACCGCUGCUUCAUGCUGCUCCCUCGAGGCCUGUCCAUCGCCUGGGCGGAGGACCCCAGUUACUGGGCCUGGCUGCCCCCACCCCCGGGAGAAGGAAGCGCCGGCGACACUGCCGGAGAGGAGGUGGCGGAGCUGAAGAACGUGUGGUCGCUGGAUGUCCAUGGGAAGCUGGACCUGUCGCAGCUCACGCCGGGGGCCACCUACGAGGUUGCCUUCGAGGUGAUGCUCAAGCAGGGGUGCGCUGGGUGGCAGGUGCCCGUGGACCUCCAACUCGAGCUCCCCGGCGCUUGGGCCCAGGAGCGCAAGGAGAGCCUGGAGAAGAAGGCCAGGGGCCAGUGGCUGCCGCUCAAGGUAGGGGAUGUUGAGGUGGAGAAGGGGCAGCAGGGUGGGGAGCUUCUGGUCACCAUGUCUCAGGACGGUGGGCACUGGAAGAGUGGGCUCGUCGUCAGGGGCAUAAUGAUCGCCCCCAAAAAGUGAUGGAUUUCAUUUCAUUUGGUUGUUCUUGGUUAUCAACUACUAGUACUACUAUCCCUUGACUAGAUUGAGUAAUCACUUGUGCUCUGAGCUGACCCGAUGACGUGGGCAUGCAUGCACGUUUGAGGGGGUGUUUGGUUCAGGGAUUUUUAGUCCCAGAGAUUAGAAAAAGUCCCUAGGAACCAAACAGGAGGGACUUUUUCUAUAGGGACUAGAAAAAGACUCUACUAAAGAGUCUUUUUUGAUUAGUCUCUGGGACUAGAAAAAGUCCUAGGACUUCUGAACCAAACACCCCCGAGUCUUGUAGACUUCUCAUUAACUACCUAUUGUUAGAGCCAGCAACUAUUA